CAUAAUGGAGGUGGGCCAUGGGGGGCGGAUAAAGAAGGCAUGGUUGGAAAACCGUUAUUUUCCAACCAAAUGAAAAAGCUAACAAAUUUGAGUGGCAGAAACAGUUGCAAUGGCUUUGAGAGUUGUUUCUUCUUCUCCAACCAUUUUUUCAUCACAAAGAAAAGCUGCUUCAACACUACCAUCUACAGUCACGUUACCCAAUCCCAACAGCUCCCUCUUAUCGUCAUCGUCAGCAGCGAUUUCUUGUUCAGUUCAGAGAAAUAAAUCAGCUACUCUUCGCAGCAAGACGAGCAGGCGUUAUAGUGGAGUAGUGACCUGUUCCUCUUCGCCUUCGGUCCUACCAAAGGCACUGUUAUUCGACUGCGAUGGUGUACUUGUCGAUACGGAGAAAGAUGGUCAUCGUAUUUCCUUCAAUGACACUUUUGCUGAGAAAGAAUUGGGUGUAACUUGGGAUGUCGAUUUGUAUGGAGAGUUGCUCAAGAUUGGAGGUGGAAAAGAAAGGAUGACAGCCUACUUUAACAAAGUAGGUUGGCCAGAAAAUGCACCAAAAACUGAAGAAGAAAGAAAGGAGUUUAUUGCAGGACUUCACAAGCGAAAGACCGAAUUGUUCAUGGCUCUCAUUGAGAAGAAAUUGCUACCACUUCGUCCAGGUGUUGAAAAGUUGAUUGAUCAGGCUCUGGGUAAUGGAGUGAAAGUUGCAGUGUGCAGCACUUCCAAUGAAAAGGCGGUCUCAGCCAUAGUGUCAUGCUUGUUGGGACCAGAGCGAGCGGAACAGAUCCAGAUAUAUGCAGGUGAUGUGGUUCCUCGCAAGAAGCCUGAUCCGGCCAUUUACUUGUUAGCAGCCAGCACCCUUGGGGUUGAUCCUUCAAGUUGCGUUGUCGUAGAAGAUAGUGGCAUAGGUCUUGCAGCUGCCAAAGCAUCUGGAAUGAAGUGCGUUGUGACAAAAAGUGGGUACACAGCCGAUGAGAAUUUCUCAAAUGCAGAUGCAGUUUUUGAUUGCAUCGGAGAUCCUCCAGAGGAACGGUUUGACUUGGCAUUUUGCGGAAGCCUUGUUGAGAAACAAUAUGUCAGUUAGUCCAUCAGGCACUGCCCUUGUUUAUGGAAUGUUGUGCUCACUCACCACACAUCAGUUCAUGUAUUGUAUCUCCUCAAUGACUACUACAAAAGCCUAAUGUCAUUUUAUCUCUUGAUGCCUUCUCUGAUAAACAGCCUAAAAAUUCGUCUUGAAACACAUUGUGAAAGAGUUUUCCUUUUCUUUUGGGACUGGAGGGAGGUGGUAGAUUAGAAGUGUUAAAACUUAUUACUAGUAUUUGCAGCUUUCAAACAGACAUUACAGUAAGGAUUAUGAUUAAUGAUCAGGGGAAAUUUGAGGACA